AUGACAGGCGGAUGUAACGAACAAGCAGAUAGUGAGGCAAAUACAGAUACACACCUGUCACAGAUUGAUGCAGAUGUAAAGCUUGAAGAGAUUGAGGUGCAGAUGUACAGACAACAUUGUGAGUUCAUUGACCAGGCCUUGGUAUCGGACUGUGAGAUGGACCUGUAUGACGCGUAUCAGGCCUGGGAGUCGGGGGCUGUAGAGUUGGGGGAUGUCAGGGACACAGGCACAGCAGACACGCGGAGAAUAGAUGACAUCAGGUUUACACCUGACACUGACAACGUCCAGCACAUCCUAGAUGACCUACAGCUGGGGAAGAUUGACGUCACAUACCAUACUGGAACCUGCCUGAAAUCUUCUCCGGUAAUGGUUGACACGACUGACGGCAGGGUGGGGAGAGAUGUGGAGGAACCUGAUCUACGUGUCGUCACAGUCCUGCUUGCAAAUGGUAUGCAGACAUGUGUUGUCACUGACUGCUCCAACAAGUGUGUGAAAUCUUUCUACACUGGAAACAAUCAAGCAUGUCAUAGUACACUUCCCCUGGAUGACUCUCCAUGGGGUGUAACACAGUUGAAGGAGAACCAGGUGAUGGUUCUUGUCCCAUUCUCCAGUCAGAUUGUAACAGUAGAAGUGACCCCUGACCUGGUGCUGCUCUCAACCAUCACAACAAGCAAGGGGUACGCCAGUCUCGCUGUUCUGGGUCCUUCAUCUCUAGCAGCAGGUACAUAUCGCUGUGUUGAUAUCCUGCACAUGGGGGGACACGUGCUGAGGUCAGUCACUACACACAACAAUGAGACACUGUUUACCUACCCCUGGUACAUGCGUGUCAACAACAAGGGCAACAUACUCGUGUCUGACUGGGGGAAGAAGUCUGUGACAAGUGUGACGUCAGAGGGGGAUGUUGUGUGGAGAUACGCCCCUACCGGAGACAGAGCACUCAGCUUCCCUUAUGGUAUCUCAACUACCAGCACAGGAGACAUCCUGGUUGUAGACAAGAACACCAGCAAGGUGAUACAGCUGACAGAGUCGGGGGAGUAUGUCAGGGAUGUUCUCACGUUACAGGAUGGUGUGCGCUCUCCACGAGGUCUCUGGUCGGACAAUCAUGGCUCCAUAUUUGUGACUGGUGGUGGGAAGAUCAAGGAAUUUAUCAACACAUAGGGACUGAAUGCAUAUGGAGACCUCUCUAACUGCUUGUUCGUUACAUCCGCCUGUCGUUAUUA